UUAGGUGUUGCUGAGAAGCAUGAAAUUACCAGAAGAGAGAUUAUCAUCAAUGGCAUUGAUACUGAAAAUCAGUUCAAACGCCUGCACCCCACAGUCCGCUGGUACCAGACAUUGGACUCCAUCACAGUGACGCUGAAACUGACAAAUCCGGAGGUUCAGAGCUGUACUUUCUCAUCAGAUCGAGUUGUGUUCAGUGGGAGAGUUGAUGACAAAUGGUAUGAAGCCAACCUGGACCUUCACAAAAACAUUACUGCUGAUCGUUGCUCCUGGAAAGUCAAGGCUAAUGAACCAGUCCUCACACUCAUCAAGCAGACUCCCAUCUACUGGGAGAAACUGGUAAAAGAAAAGAAUAUAUUUGUGAACUACGACUUGGAUCAUUUUGAGGAAGAUGAGGACCGAGCAUGUAACGGCUUGUCUUUUGUGGCAGACAUUGGGGAGGACAACUUGUACGUGAAUUCAGAGACCGACUCCGACAUUGACUGAUUUUUUUAUUCCCUAAGCCCUUCAUAUUCUGUUGGUCUAAGUCCAGUCCAGAAAUAAUUGACUUAUGCUAAAUUUUUCUUGAAAAAUAUUCCUAAGACAUUGCUCUGUCCAUAUUUGUAUUGAUAGAUUUUUUUUCACAUUGAGAUAUUGAACUUUUUCACGAAUAUUCAUUUUUUUGUGUAAUGGAUCAGUAUUUACAAAAAUGGACAAGAAAUACAGGUGAUUGCAACAGCACAGUAAAGCACCACUCUGUUACAGCACAACAAAGCCCUGUAGUCGGUCCACGCUGUAGUCACGCAUGCGCAACAUUUGAAAAAGGACAAACAGUCGCUGGAUUUCUCGUUCCUUGGAAAAUCCUCUAUACAACCUUUAAGUCAGCUGCAGUGUUUCAGGCAUUUAGCACUCGAUAGCAAAGCUAGUGUAAUGGUCAGUGUCAUCCUUUUCUCCAUUUCAGUGUAGACUACAAGAAGAAAUAACAGUUCUCAGCACUUUUUAGUCUUAGUUAGUUGGAUUAAGUUUUGUCAAGUUAUUUUAAGAGGAAAAAGUAGCACAUUCAAUUUUGUUAGCCUCCACAAAAUAUCGCAAUAAAUGUCGUACCAUGAGAUGUAUAUUGUGCCAAAAGAUUUGACUAUUGUUACGUGAGUCUCCCCACCAUAUCGUGAGCUUUCCCAUGACAUCACAUUAAAUAUGCCCUGUCUACCCCCUGGAGCCUUUCCAGCAUCUUCUCACACUUUUUACCAUCCUGUCCUGUUUAGUGUAGGAGUGUAGACGUGAGGUUCUUUACAGUUCUAGUUCUCGGCACUAAAAUAGGUUUGUUGAAUCAAGGCCCUUGUCCCCAGCCUGGGAUUUAGGCCGGCCACAUGCUAUAACAUGUCACCAGACCAAUCCAGGGGCGGCAUUGCAGUUCAUCCUGGAGGGACUCGGACAAAAAUAGAAAGUAUUAGAUAUUUUAUUGAAUGAGUUAGCUUUAGCACUUAGACCAAGUGAAGGGGAUGUUGAAAUGAUGAGAAGCUGAGGUGGUACUGGGGAUUAGGUGCGGCAGCAGCCAGGCACCUGCAAUAAGGGAUUAAAUUGAGCAGAAUGGGCAAUAAUUGGAUUAGGAGGAGGCAAUAAUUUUGUGGGUUUUUUUUGUGAAUGUUGAAAGUUUCUGUUUUGGGUAAGUUGUACCAAGGUUGCUAUGGUUCAUCCUUCAUAGCAAAACUGACAAUUUGAUUUACCUGUAUUGUUAAUUUACUGAGCUAAUGUUUAUCCAAUAUCAAUAGUGCGUUUACAUUGUUUUAAUAAAGCAAUAGUUUACAUGCAUAUCAGUAUUCCGGUUAUCAACCAUAGAAUUAACAAUCGAUUAUCGAUAAUCAUUAAUGGUCUUAUAUUAAAAUUAUCAUAAUUAUUAUUACUAUUAUU